AUGCUGGCCGUGGCCACGGCUGCCAAGGAUAAGGAGGCGAAAAAGCCCAAUAUUAUCUUUAUCUUUACCGAUGAUCAAGACGCCAAAUUGGGAUCUUUGGAUUACAUGCCGAACCUUCAAAAACAUCUUGUCAAAGAAGGCACUCUUUAUCGCAAUCACUAUGCAACCAUUGCUGUCUGUUGUCCCAGUCGUGUCGGUUUGCUGCGUGGUCAAUAUGCCCAUAACACAAACAUCACUUCAGUCAAUGCGCCCUAUGGUGGAUACGAUCGAUUCAAUGAACUCAAACUCGGCGAAGAUUAUUUCCCCAUUUGGAUGCAAAAGGCUGGUUACACCACGCACUAUAUCGGCAAGCUCAUGAAUCAGUAUGCAGUGAACAACUACGACAAGCCUACACCUAAAGGUUUCGAUUAUCAGGAUCAACUGGUGGACCCGUAUACCUAUGUGUAUAAUACGGCUGUUUUCUCUACCAACGGUCAAAAGCCGGUAUUCUACAACAACACUUACCAGACGGAUGUGAUCCACGCCAAGGCUCGUGCCGCUCUCAAAGCCCAACGCAACGCUGACAAACCAUUCUUCUUGUGGGUGGCUCCCAUGGCUCCUCACGGUGAAUUUGCUUUUGGACCUAACGGAAUGACCACUCGUCCUGCAGUGCCCGCAGCGCGCCAUGCCCAUUUGUUCAAAGAUGCUAAAAUUCCUCGUACUCCCAAUUUCAAUCCUGACCAUCAAGGCAAAACCGCCUCCUACUGGAAACACUUGCAGAAGCUCAAUGCCACUGUGAUCGAAGAAUUUGACGAAGCUUACCGCAACCGAUUGCGUGCAUUGCAAGCCGUGGAUGAAAUGAUUGGUACCCUGUUUGAUGAACUCAAGAAGCAGGGAACCUUGGACAACACCUAUGUCAUUUACAGCGCGGACAAUGGAUAUCAUAUUGGUCAGCAUCGAGCUUACCCAGGAAAAUGUGGCAAUAUUGAAGAAGACAUCAACGUCCCAUUCAUUGUUCGAGGUCCUGGUGUUCGCAAGGGCCACGUGAGCGACCUGGUUAGCUCUCACCACGAUAUUGCACCGACGUUCCUUGCUUUGGCUCAGGGUGAUGAACAUGUUCCCUCUUGGGUAGAUGGUGGUGUGAUUCCGUUGACCGGUGACCUUCGCAACCAUCCCAAACCUGUUUCCAAAGAAACUUUUGCCGUGGAAUUCUGGGGUGCCAACAACAUGGCAGAGGGUUAUUCCAAUGUACUCAAUGCUGGUCCCAACACGUACAAGACAUUACGUGUUAUUUCUGAAAAGCACAACUAUAUGUAUGCUGUAUGGUGUACCGGUGAACACGAACUGUAUGACUUGAAGAAGGAUCCUUAUGAACAACACAAUAUUUAUGAUUCUGCCAAGCCGCAACUGUUGAACCGUCUUGAUGCAUUGCUUACUGUUCUCAAGACCUGCAAAGCCGAAAACUGCCGUGAUCCUUGGCGCGUCUUGCAUCCUCACGAUGCCUCUGUGAAAACACUCUCCGAUGCCUUGCAUAAGAAGUAUGAUACCUACUACACGCAGUUCCAAAAGAUCAGCUUCCAAGAGUGCUUGGUAUAUCAACUUAGUGCCAAUGAGUUGCCGCUGUUGGGACAACAUUUCCUGGCGAACAAGACUCAAGGUGUUGUGCAAAAGCGUGACGAUGAAUCCAGUUUAUUGCAGGGUCUGAUCAGCCACAAGUCAUCCGUAAUUCCCUCUCCCGAACAUGUUGAUCUCUUUAACCUCGUGCCUCAGGCCAAUGAGCACGUCGGUCACGCCGUCCCCGACGAAGAUUUUGAAUCGCAAGCCAUUCCUGUCCCUCAAUCACUCGUAGAUAAUGCUGUAGACUGGUCUCAAUAUGGCUUUUACCAAUUUGGUAACUAA